AUGCUUGCGCGCCGCGUCCGCGCCAUGGGCAUGUACCAACCGCCAACCAUCCCCUUCAUCAACGUCGGUCCACCCUCAAAUGCGACGACAUACCUCGUCCUACUGCUCUUAGGCCUUAAUAUAUUCUAUCUCCUCUUUAACAUUCGAUACGAAUUCGAGCUCGUCUUCGUCUUCGCGGAUCGUGCAUCGCUGCUGUUCGUAGCCAACCUGCCAUGGCUAUACAUACUGGCAGCGAAGAAUCAGCCCAUCAAGCUCUUGACCGGAUACUCUUACGAGAACACGAACAUCCUGCAUCGGAGACUGGGCGAGUGGAUGUGCCUACUCGCGCUACUGCACGGAGCUGGUAUCCUCGUGGCCUGGUAUCUUUUCUUCGGGCCAAAUGGCAUGAGCUUGUGGGACUUCCUCACCCGCCGGAUCAUCAUUUUGGGUAUUGCGGCGUUCGUCUGUUAUGAGCUACUGUUUGUCACAUCACUGGCCAGCUUCCGUCGGUGGUGGUACGAGGUCUUUUUGGGCGCACAUAUCUUAUUACAGGCUGCUGGGCUGGCCUUGGUGUACUUUCAUCACCGCGGUGGCAGAGUGUAUACGCUCGUGGCAUUGGCUAUCUUCUUGGUUGACCGCUUGGUUUUUCGCCUGGCGAUGAAGACGCGCUUCUUCAGAGCUGAUCUGACGGUCAUGGAAGAUGGCAAGACCGUGCUUGUAUCUACGGACUGGCCUAAGAAGGCACGAUGGAGCAGCAUUCGGAGUGCUCUGACCGGCAUUGAUGUCAAACACGGCUGGCAGCCCUCGGAACACGUCUUUCUCUCUGUUCCGGCCUUGGCGAGGAAGCACCUUGUUCAAGCCCAUCCGUUCACCAUUGCUUCUGCGGCUCCGGAAGGUGACCAGCAACAUGCUUGGUUCAGCCUCAUCAUUCGCGCUCACGAUGGGUUUUCAUCCGACCUUCUCCGGUAUGCACGAAGCCACGCGUCAGCAGACAUUCGCCUUGACGGUCCCUACGGCUCAAUGCACGCUCUGGAGAUGUUGCGGAGUAGUGACAUCGCAUUGCUAGUUGUCGGUGGGUCUGGCAUCGCCGUCGCAUACCCCAUACUAUGGACGCUGCUACACGAGAACGAUGCGGAGACGGUACGGUCGAGGCGUAAAGUUGGUCUAAUCUGGACGGUGCACGAGGCAUCCCACCUUGAAUGGAUUGGUCAUGAGCGACUGGACGAACUACGCAAGAAGGGGUUGCAAGUCUGCAUACCGGCGCCUACAUCUAACGCGGGCCGGCCAGACAUCGGCACUCUUGCGCAGAAGAUGUUGGAAGAUAUGAGUGCGAAGCAAGACGCUGACGGAGGGCGUGUCGGUGUCGUGGUGUCCGGUCCUGAUGGCAUGAAUAGUGACGUUCGGAACAGGUGUGCACGUUUAGCAUGGCAGGGCUGGGACAUCCAAGUGGCAGUGGAGAAGUAUGGGUGGUGA